GGGUUAAAAACUGUGGACAGUCUGCCGACCAUUUGGCUGUCCAAAAGAGAGUGGGAGAGAAAGAGGGGGAGAGCAAGAGAAAGCCAGAGAGAGUGAGAGGUGUUUGUGUGUGUGAGAGAGAGAGAACAAGAGAGAGAGUGAGAGAGAGAAAAGACCACGCACAGCAGCAGUAGGCAGCAGACUGCAGUGCUACCGGUUGAAGGGCGGCGGACAGCGAAUAGGAGCAGAUUGAGGCCGAGUGUUUCUCCGCCCCCUAAUCUCACUCCCUGGCACCGUGCGUCCGUGCUGGAGUGGGGGAGAGCAGCAGAGGGCAUACCCUGGGUGUUCAGGGGUCGGAGGCAGUGUGUGAGGGAGGCAGGAGGAGGCAUACCCUGGGUGUUCAGGGGUCGGAGGCAGUGCGUGAGGAAGGCAGGAGGAGGCAUACCCUGGGUGUUCAGGGGUCGGAGGCAGUGCGUGAGGAAGGCAGGAGGGGGCGUUUGCUGGACGCAGUGUCGGGAAGGCAGGCAGUGAGCGAGUUCUGGUUCAUGAAGAAAAGGCGGGAUGAGUGUGGAUACAGGGCAGGACACGGCAGCCGCUGCUGCCACCAACACCGCCACUAACGGGGACAGCAGAGGCUCCUGGGAGGACCCUAAGGAUCUCUACGACAACAUGGGGUCCAUCAAGAAACCCAAACCGGGGAUGAUGCGACGGGCCAGGAAGGUGGAGGGAGGCAUUUUCUUUCCCAGACCGGAGAAUGCCGUCACGAUUGCAGUAUCGACUCGGGUGCUCUUCCGCACUGAGACAGAACAGAAGAUUUACGAACAGAAGGGUAUCGAGGACUACCUAAAGUACCAGGUGGAACAUGAAAAUGAACCCUUUGCUCCUGGACCUGCCUUCCCCUUUGUCAAGGCCCUGGAAACGGUGAAUGCGCAACUGCGGGUGCUGUACCCUGAAAGCGAGGAACUCUUUGACAUUGUGCUGGUGACCUACAACCACGCCCAUGUUGGGGUGAGGCUCAUCAACACCAUCAAUUACCACAACCUUUUCAUUGAGCGGUUCUGCAUGACUGGAGGUAGCAGUCCGAUUGGGUACCUCAAGGCCUACCACACCAAUUUGUACCUGUCUGCAGAUUCUGAGAAGGUCCGAGAAGCCCUGGAGGAAGGUAUUGCAGCUGCUACCAUGUUCAUGGCAGAGAAGCAGACAGAGGUGUCAGAGACACAGCUGCGUGUGGCCUUCGAUGGCGACGCUGUGCUCUUCUCCGAUGAGUCGGAGCGGAUCUUCAAAGCGCACGGCCUUGACAAGUUUUUUGAGCAUGAGAAAGAGAAUGAAAACAUGCUGCUAGAUCACGGGCCACUGAAGGGCUUCCUGGAGUCGCUGGGGAAACUGCAGAAGAAGUUCUACGCCAAAGGCCUGAGGCUGAACUGCCCUAUCCGCACUUACUUGGUGACGGCUCGCAGUGCGGCCAGCUCUGGAAUUCGGGCCCUGAAGACGCUGCGGGCCUGGGGUUUGGAGACGGACGAGGCCCUGUUCCUGGCAGGGGCCCCCAAGGGGCCCAUGCUGGAGAAGAUCCGGCCUCACAUCUACUUUGACGACCAGAUGUUCCAUGUGAAGGGGGCAGCGGAGGUGGGCACGAUCGCUGCCCAUGUGCCCUAUGGGAUUGCACAGAAGUACCCACACCACAAAAACCCUGCAGACCGGGAGCCCAGUUCCAGCAAAUAACAGGGGAAUGCAGAAAGACUAAGAAGGGACAUCUAUUUACCUUCAUUUGAACGUUUUCAAGCGCACUUUGUAGAGUGUGGAAGACACACAGAUGUCUGUGCUGAACAUGCAACGUGGCGCCCUGACAUAAGCUUUAUUUUACCAAGCCACAACAAAAAGGCUCCAAACUGCACCUUUUGGAACCCAACUGCUCAAUAGUCCAAGUCCUUUAAAGAUUUGUAUCGUGAUAAUCGCAUGAAACAGCUGUUCAUUCGUGCUCUCAAAAUACCUCAACUUUUCAGUUGUGUUUGAUUGUUGUAUAUUCACAUACCUGGGGUGUUUCUAUGAUUCUCCUGCAGGUAAAAAUGGUAUUAUAUGCAUAUAUUAAUUAUCAGUAUUAAAAACAUCAUGAUAAAGAAACCAAGGCAUAGAGGAAAAUGAAACUCUUUAACCCCUUAAGUAUCACCCCUUUUCUUGACACAAGCUUGAAAAUUUCAUACCCAAAAUAAAAUGGCUACUAUUGAACCCUUGUGACUACAGGAAUAAUCCUGGUGUCUUCUGAAAGGUAACCCAUCGGGGUUUGUUUUCUGAGUCAGAAUUACUAAAAGUGUUACUAAAUCAAAGUUAGAGAAUCUCAAACACAGUGGGAGUGGAAGAUGUUGUUUUUCGCUGAAAAGAUUUUCUGCUUUUGAGUGGAUAUACAUUUUUCUGGUAUCUGAUGCCAAAAGAAAUCACAAAUCCUCUUUCAAAUUUAAUGACAAUGUUUUUUCUAAGCUGUAUCUAGGCAGUUUUUAAAAAAAGGACAUUUGGAGAAUCCAAAAGGACACUAAAUGAUAUUAUGGGUCUUAUGAUGUGUAAAAUACUGUAUUUUGCUUACUAUAGUACACAACUGAACUUAAUCUGAAAAAAAAUGUUUGCAGUUCCCCCCACCUGUCACCCACCCCUACCUCUCCUUGCCCUCUCCUCAGAUAGCAACAGGUCGAGAAGAAAUAAGUACAAUAAUCACAAUAAUAACAUCUUGUAUACUAAUAUAUUCAUGUUCUCUUGAAGCUCUUCUUGUUCCAGACAGCCUAUACAAAACGCAGGUAAUAGCAUUCGUAUGCCCUAGUACUUUUGUAGAAGUAUGCAGCAAUGAUUCUCUUCCUCCAGAGAAAUUCUAAGUAAACAAUGGAAAUUCUAUCAAUGUUUCUCAGAGUAAACACGUUUUUAGAACUGCAUUAUUAUGCAUUUGGUUUCUGUGAACAGGACAGUGACAUUACCUUAUGUCGUGUAGUAUAUUGAUUUCCAAAAAUGCAGAGAAGGCGAGGUCCCCCCAACUUUAAAAUAGGUUAUACAGAUAGAACCGUGAGUUAUAAUGGUAUAUCUUGUUACCAUAGUGAUUCAAAAUUGCACAGUUAAAAACUAAAUGAAUGCAAAAACAUUACAUCACUGAUGAUGUGUUUAAGUUGCAUCAAGAGGUCUGUGUUAAAACCAUCCUGUGUUAUGAGAAAAAAACGUAUGUUACUCAGAGAAGUUGUGUAAUGCUCAGUGUUAUGUGCUAUUACAUAAUAGACACACUUCUGUAAGCACACAUGUAAACAAAAACAUUAAAACAAAAAAAUAAACAGCAGUUUGGGGUAGUCCAAUUGCAUCUUAAUCAAAUUCCCCAAGAGACUCUCUAAUCUGUUUUGUGCCUUACAGAUUAGCAAGUAUAGUAUUUGCAAAAAUGAACAAUUAAGCCUAUGUACAUACAGCCAGUUAGCAAUUUAUUAGGUAAACCUGUACACCAGGUUGUUAAUGCAAACAUUUAAUCAGCCAAUCAUGUGGCAGCAACUAAAAUGCAUAAAAUCCUGCAGAUGUGGUCAAGGGGUUCGGUUGUUGUUCAGACCAAAUGUCAGAAUGGGGAAGGAAUGCGAUCUAAGUGACUUUUAUCAUGGAAUGAUUGUUGGUGCCAGAGAGGGUAGUUUGAUUAUCUCAGAAACGGCUGAUAUUCUGGGAUUUUGCAGAGUUGGCAGCGAAUAGUGCAAAAAACAAAAAACAUCCAGUGAGCAGCAGCUCUGCAGGAAAAAAUGCUUUGUUAAUCAGGGAGGUCAGAGGAGAAGGGCCAGACUGGUCGAAGCUGACAGGAAGGUGUCAGUAAAGCAAAUAACCAUGCAUUACAACAGUGGUUUGCAGAAGAGCAUCUCUGAACACACAACGUGUCAAACGUGGAAAGGCUACAGCAGCAGAAGACUUAAGUAAAAAAAAUAAGUCUAAUAAAUACCUAAUAAAGUGUUCACUGAGUGUAUAUACAUUGUACAAGGACUAAGUACUAAGAACAGCCCAAUGAAUAUAAGCUGGCUGGUAUGCUGGAGGUGUUUGUCCAUGCACCGUGGUUGGCAUUUGAAUCUACUUGAGAACGUGCAAGUCUUCACGAGGUCCAAAGUUUGGAAUUUCCAUUUCUAUUCAUGCCGCUGAGCCUGUUGUCCGUAUCCCACUUAACAUGUUCCGUGGGAUUAUGUGCAAACAGUGGCUACAAGCGCAAUAAUAGCGGAUCGAGCGAAGCUCUGUGCAUGGUGAUGAGUGGCUUUCUUGUGCCCUUCUACCCCUUUCAAUAAGUGCCUCCAUGCUUGCUGUUAAUGGCCUGCUAUGCAACCAUGGUUCAUAGGGAGAUGUCAAAAACACUUUAUACACUAUUGUCGUUCUUGCCAUUGUCUUUGUCACUCAUUUAAGUUCCGUGUUUGCAUCAUUUCCAAGUCAAUGAGUUACAUUUAAUUAAUGUAACCAACACAUUAAAACGUUUAGCUUCGUAAUUCUGCAGCUAUGUGUUCUGUGUAGUCUACUCUAGACAGUCCUUCGUAUGACAUCUUAUUUAUAUGGCAAUUAUGGUGGUUGGUGGUACUGUUACUGUAAAUCAAUACCUGAAGGUUUAGGGAGGGAUGAUUAUGUAGUUUGAUUAAAUAUUUAUGGUAGAAUGGGGUUUAUUUUUGCUUAGGGCAGCAGAAGGCACUCUUGUUCAUGGAAUGCCAAUUACCUGCUUUUAUAGGUCACUCAAACAGUAACACACAUUUUGCCCAUUCAUUCCAUUAACUUAGUUUAAUAAUGUACCUUAAUGAGCAACAAAGGAUUACCAAACCCUGCAUUUUUAAUGUUCCAUUUGUGGCAAGCGGAAAGCAGGUGUGACACAGGCUGUCCUGAACCGCUUACAGAUGUGUUAUGAAUGUCAGCCCAAAAUUAUUAGUGGACGCUAUGCACCAAAACAAAUGGUGUCUGUAUUUGUGAUCCCUGAAUACCAAAACAAAUGUCUGAAUGUGAAUGUAAGUUCAUUCUACAUUAUAAACCAGUCAUUUAUUUAAUCCUGAAUGACUUGAAUUUGAAGCAAUUCACAUACUGGAAGGGCUCAAGUGAAGAAGAUAAAGACCCCACAUUGCAAUGGAACCACACCUGCCAGAACUAUUACACAGCACUGCCAAGCUGUGUCCAUUUCUAAAAUCAAAUGACCGAAUAGGGUACACUUAUUCUUUAUUAACCCAUCCCCUACCGUCCACCACAGUUACUUCUCUAGAAUAUGAUUUAGUAAAUGGGCCAACAAGGUAUUUUGCCUCCUUUAUUUAGAAUUGAAACUGCACCGUUUCCCUGUGUGUGUGUGUGUGUGUGUGUGUGUGUGUGUGGUACUAAUACACAGCGUUAGUAAUGAGAUACCGUGUUUGUUCUAUCACACUGCAUACUGUAUGUUGGUGUGAUUAUGUACUAUAUUGUAUAUUUUUGUCAACAUUUUUAUUCUCAUAUCUAUGCUUUAAAAAUAAACAGGCAUUAAAUAUCUUUGGAUAUAUGA